AUGCCACACAAUGUCCUGGGCUUGUGCUUCUUGAAGAUUAAGGAGGACAAACAGCAUGCCAAGGAUGCACAAGACACACAGGAAGCUGAUUUGCAGCAUGGAAUUGAUCGUAUUGCAAGCAUUGAGGCUGCCAUGGAGUUGGAGCAGGGUAUCCAGGUGACUGCAAAAGCGAAGCCAGUAAAGCCUCAUGCUAGGCCAGUCAAGAAAAAGACAGAUAGGGUAGGUGCAGCUAGUGAACUUACCUCUGGGAGUCUGCCUGUACCUCCAGCACCAGCUCAGAGUCAAGGUGGCAUGAAGGGCCAGGAUGCUGGUGAUAUGGGUGAAGGAGAUGUUGAAGCAGUUGGGAACAAGGUUGCAAAGCUGCUGAAGAAGAUCAAGAAGGUGCAUGAGGCAAUCAGUGCUACAAUCCUUGGUAGUGAUCAGCAAGUCAAAGAGACUGGUACUGACAAGGAAAUCCUUUACUGUCAUAAGAAAUUCGGUUUGACAGGAAAGGUCAACAACUGGCGCACUCACAUGGAACCUGAAACCAAGUCAAAAGUGUCCCCUGUCGCAAGACCUGAAACUGAACCUUCAGGUGGCUCUGUUUUGUCAGUGACAACCCUGAAGACAAGUCAGACUGUGGCAACCACAGUCUCACUUGCAAAAGACCCACCCCUUUCCUUGAUGGAUUCAUCAGACAAUUCCAUAUCGGACAAUGGUGAGGAUGGAGGCAAUGAAGAAGAUGGAAAUGGGGACAAUGAAGAUUUUGAAGAGCACCUGUCUACUAAUGUAAAAGGGAAGGUGGGAAUGAAGAUUGCUGAGAGUUCAGAUGAUGGAUUGUCCAACAUUCCUGUAUCCACACCAUUUAAUCUACUGCUGUUUAGUCAACAAGCUGACAUAGUAAGACUUGCUCUGGAGCAGGCCCAGCAACCUCACGCAGUCUUGUCCAUGAAGAGAACAAUCAAGGAAGCCAGGUUGAUAGGCUCCUCUGAAGACAACAAUCAAGACAACAACAACGAGGGGGAGAAGGAGGAGGAGUUCAUUAUUGACCCUAUGUUAGUCAAUAAAGAAUCUUCCUCAAUCACAAAGGUCCCUGAGCAAAUGUGCACUACUACAAAGACUAGUGUGACAGUCACUGGCACUGAGAAACCAAACCCACCUAAGAAACUGAAAUUGGAACCCAUCCUUCCAACAAUCCCUGAACCCAGCUUGAUGUCUGCUGACAUGGCAACACAACCCAAAUCUGGAAGUGCCCAGCCAAAACUUUGGUCCAUCAAGGCCGAAAAUUUACAUCCAGCGCUCCAGGCCAUUUUUGACAUUGCAUUUCCAGGAAUGAAUUACAAUGUUCAACCAAAAGGCCCUAUUAUGGGCUUGGAACUAGCAGCAAGUCUUCUCAAGAAUUGGGCUUUCCUCUAUGAGGAUCCAGAGAAUUGUGACCCCAACAAGAUCUACCAGUCGGUGUUCAUGAUAGAAAUGAUCAAGUCUGCUCACAUCAAUGCAACUGCUGGAUUCCUCAAUGUACCGGCACUUGACACAGACACUCUACAAGUGAAGGGCAUGCAAGCUAUAAUCACUGCAAGUGCUGCUGCACUCAAAUGCACUUUCAAUUUCUCUGCAAAGCCAAAAAAAUUUGCCAAUGACUUCAGCACUGGCACCAACAGUGUGAAGGGCAGCAUUAGGGCCUGCAAAACACCCCUGAAGUGCAACAAAUCAACCAGUAAAGACACCACUACAGCAUCAGUGUUUUCAGAGGCUAACUGCAGCUCAGUGACAUUGGAAUAUUAUGAAUCCCUCAAGAGGCGAGGGGUGAAGUACACAAUGGAUACAAUUGCCUUGGUGCAGAAGUGGCAGGAAAUGGCCCAAGAUGCUCCUUCUCAGCUAAAGCCGAUGGGCAGACAUGCCCUGCUCUGUAAGUAA